CCCCGCGGUCCGCGAUGUCCGAGCUGCCCGCGGACAGCGAUGUCUCGCAGACGGACGCGGCGAGCGGCAAUAGCGACGUCCCGCGGGCCGAGGUAGGCGGCGGGAGGCGGGAGCCGGUCCCCUUCCUGGCGCGGCCUGCGGGGACGAGGGCAGCUCCGAUGGCGGAGGCCGGGGAAGGUCCGAUGGCGGCUCCCGGCGCAGCUCCGAUGGCGGAGGCCAGAGAAGGUCCGAUGGCGGAGGCCGGGGAAGGUCCGAUGGCGGAGGCCGGGGAAGGUCCGAUGGCGGAGGCCAGAGAAGGUCCGAUGGCGGAGGCCGGGGAAGGUCCGAUGGCGGCUCCCGGGGCAGCUCCGAUGGCGGAGGCCAGAGAAGGUCCGAUGGCGGAGGCCAGGGCAGGUCCGAUGGCGGCGCCCAGGGAAGCCCAGAUGGCAGAGGUCUCCCGAUUGUUGGCAGAACCGGCGGAGGAAGAGGGUCCCGAGGGCAGGCCCAGGUCCGGGCCCGAGAACAGCCCAGGAGGCGCGGCCGCGUUGCCGUAUCUGCGCCUCCGCCCGCCGGUUGGCGCCGUGGGAAUGAACUCCCAGCAGUUCCUCCGCCUCUCCCUGGACCAUCGCCCGCUCGCCCCGCGCAGGAUUCAGGAGCCUGCAGAACGCCGCAGGAGACUCGCCGACGCCUGCGCAGCGAGGGGAGCGGCGUUGGAUGCCCGGUAUCAGCGGAAUCCUCAGAGGAUGGAUUUUGAUCUCUUAACGUUUACUGUCGCUCUGACUGCGUCUGAAGUUAUCAAUCCUCUGAUAGAAGAACUCGGCUGUGACAAGUUUAUCCCCAGAGAAUAGUUUGGUGAUGGCAUUUGCUCCAGAAAGAACCUCCGUAUUCCAGACAGUCUUAGACCAAUCCUGUAACUUGAUUUUAACAAGUCAAAGGAUGUGAGAAUAAGGCAAUGCACAGUUGGCGGUGGGGGGAGACGAGGGGGAAAGGAAGCUUAUCAUGAAAAAGCAUCAGAAGAUAGAAAAAAAUCUCAAAGUGUUAGGACUAACGUUCUUGGAGUUUGUGACGGAUCCAGAUUCUUUUCCCUGCGUUGCGGAAAUGCCUUUAAAAUUGCUUCACUACAAAAUGAAAGAUGGUUUUAUAAAAUUGAGACGAUGAAGAAAAAUGGCCAAUAAUAGAGCCCAUGAUGGUGAAAGAAAUUAUUUGGAUAGUAGUGAUCGGAAUAAGGGACUGCC